CUCUGUCUCUUAGGAAACCAGGCUGACUGGUCACUGGAAAACGAGUGUUGGUGCCAGGGCCUCCGGGAGAUACAAGGCAGCCUUCUCAGAGCCUGACGGAGGGAGCUGGUCAGGGAGCAGAUAUAGCAAGAGAAAGAAGUGAAGGCAGGCUAUGGACCCCGUGCGCAUCGCAGUCAUCGGCGCUGGUGUGAUAGGGCUGUCAACUGCCGUGUGCAUAUCCCAGGUGGUCCCCGGAUGUUCCAUUACUGUCAUCUCAGACAAGUUCUCUCCCGAUACCACCAGCAAUGUAGCAGCUGGAAUACUUAUUCCUCACACGUAUCCAGACUCGCCUGUGCCCACGCAGAAGCAGUGGUUUGCAGAGACCUUCCAGCACCUGUCCACAAUUGCCAAGUCUGCAGAAGCCGCGGAUGCGGGCGUUCACCUGGUGUCUGGGUGGCAGGUAUUUCGGAGUGUCCCCACUGAAGAGGUGCCUUUCUGGGCUGAUGUCGUUCUGGGAUUUCGAAAGAUGACCAAGGCAGAGCUGAAGCGAUUCCCUCAAUAUGAAUUUGGUCAGGCUUUUACAACCCUGAAGUGUGAGACCGCUGCCUACCUCCCAUGGCUUGAGAAAAGGUUAAAGGAAAGCGGAGGUCUGCUACUCACCAGGAGAAUAGAAGACUUGUGGGAGCUGCAACCAUCCUUUGACAUCGUGGUCAACUGCUCAGGCCUGGGAAGCCGACAGCUUGUGGGAGACUCCAUGGUUUCCCCUGUAAGGGGCCAAGUGCUUCAGGCACAGGCCCCCUGGGUGAAGAAUUUCAUCCGAGACGGGAGUGGCCUGACGUACAUCUACCCUGGUACAUCCUACGUAACCCUGGGAGGAACCAGACAGAAAGGAGACUGGAAUCUGUCCCCAGAUGCGGAACUUAGCAGAGAGAUUUUUUCUCGAUGCUGUGCUCUUGAGCCCUCCCUCCACAGAGCCUGCAACCUAAGAGAGAAAGUGGGCCUGAGGCCCAGCCGGCCAGGUGUGCGUCUGCAGAAGGAGAUCCUAGUCCGAGGGGGACAGAGGCUCCUUGUGGUCCACAACUAUGGCCACGGGAGUGGGGGCAUCUCAGUGCACUGGGGCUCAGCUCUGGAAGCCACCAGGCUGGUGAUGGAUUGGAUGCGUACCCUCAGGACCCCAGCUCCUGUGUCAAAGCUGUAACUGACACCAGAUGUCAAUGAAUGACCCCAGGUGAUGUUGGUCAGCACAGUUCAGGGUUCACGAUGGGUCCUCAUAAUGUCUCCCUGGCUGGAAAGUUGACUCUGAUCUUUGUUUUCACAAUUAGAAAUCAUGCAACACAGUAGACUCAGAAAGCUUGCCACUAACGACAUAUGGCACAAAACUCCAUUUUGCCCAAAUAUGUGUUAUUAAAAAAUGUUUAGCCAGGUGAUGGCGGCAUAUGCCUUCGAUCCCAGCACUCGGGACGCAGAGGCAGGCCACUCUUCGUGAGUUCGAGGCCAACCUGGUUUACAGAGUGAAUUCAGGACAGCUAAGGCUACACAGAGAAACCCUGUCUUGAAAAACUAAAACAAAACAACAAAACAAAAACUUGCUAUCUGGGGUAACAUUUGGGGAGGAUCUAAUGCUAAUUCCUGUGAAUGAUAUAUGUGAUAAGGAUUUUUGUAUCUUUCACUCAUAAACCCGUAAUAGGAGACAAUGUGUGGGGAACAGUUGGAUCCCUGUCGGUCGUGGAGUUGUGCGAGACCCUCUUAGGUCAUAGAGCCAACCAAACAAGCGUUACGAUCCCUUUAAAUAAGGCCGCACAGUGCAGACCGCCUGGCUUUAACUGGAGACAAAGCAUGGUUAUUGCCAGCGCAGGCAGCCGCCGCUUCCUCCCCUUGGCUGGAAAUGAUGGUAGAAGAGGGAGGUGGAGUUGCCUACGAAAGCAUCGCCAGUUUGGGAGCAGCUAGGUGUCCGUCACUGUGUAUGUUUUGUUGUUUCUGGGACCAAACACCCAACAGAAACAACCUGAAGAGUUCGUUUGCUUGUUGUUUUGGUCCACCAUGCCAAGGGUGGGCCCUUUAGAACAGAGCUGUUCCACUCAUGCCUGCAAGAAAGCAGAGUAGAGGGGCAACAGGAAGUAUCAGGGCCAGGUACAGCCUGGACACCCGCCACCCCAGUUUAUACCUCUUCCAAUCAGCCCCUACUUCCUAUACUUCUCCCUUCUCCCAAUAGUUCAUUCAGUUCUUGAAUUCAUCAAUGGAUUAAGUCAUUGAUUAGGUCGUUUGUAUCUACCCUCAGCCCCACCCAAAGGGAUGUUUUAGUAAUCAUCUAAGUAAUCCCACAUCUCGUAAAGCUGACAAUGGGGAUCUACCAUGGCAGUCACCUAGGCUGCAUGUUCCAUUACCACAAGUGAUGGAGAGCCGGCUGGCUGCACAGUGAAUGAGCGUGGCUGAAGAUUGAGUAGUCUGUGCAACCAGAAAGCUAAUUGGCUAAUAGAGAUGGACCAGUCAUUUUAAAUGACAUAAAAUACAAAGUAUUCUUCAUGUUAAGUUAAAAAGUAUUGGGGAAGAAAGAAAUGUGUCUUCCAGUAAAAUAAGUUUGAGAAUUGCUGAGUUGAAUAAUUUAGCGUGAUUCCCUAACCUAGCCUGUGCAGUGUGGACCCUCAGGAGUACUCUUGGCUUAGGAGAAAAUGUACCCAUUCACUGAGAUAAGCAAUCCUGGGGCAUGGAUAUCAUUUAAUUCUAGAGGAAGGUGCCUUUUGUUUCUUAAUAAUAAAGUCUAUCUUGAAGGUA